UCUAUAGUUUGACGAUACUCAAAAUCCUAGGCCCUAUUCAAAGCGCCAAAAAAAGUUUUUAUCUUUUCAAUCGCAAGGCUUCAUUUUUUAUUCGUGUGUUGUUUUUCUUUUCGAUUUUAACAAAUGCAGAGGAAAAUGGCGUGUUCGUUCCCAGACGAGGUGCUGGAGCACGUCUUCUCGUUUAUACAAUCGGAUAAAGACCGGAACGCGGUGUCGAUGGUGUGUAAGUCGUGGUACGAGAUCGAGAGGUGGUGCCGGAGGAAGAUAUUUAUCGGGAACUGUUACGCUGUGAGCCCUAGGAUGGUGAUCAGACGGUUCCCUGAAGUUAGAUCAAUUGAGCUGAAAGGGAAACCGCACUUUGCGGACUUCAACCUGGUUCCGGACGGCUGGGGCGGUUACGUCCUUCCGUGGAUAGCGGAGAUGGCUGGUGCCUACCCUUGGCUCGAAGAGAUUCGGCUUAAACGCAUGGUCGUUACGGACGAAUGCUUGGAGCUUAUCGCUAAGUCGUUUAAGAACUUCAAAGUGUUGGUUCUUUUCUCUUGUGAAGGGUGUUCAACUGAUGGACUCGCUGCUAUUGCAGCUAGCUGCAAGAAUCUGAGAGAGCUGGACUUGCGAGAAAGUGAUGUGGAUGAUCUUGGAGGGCAUUGGCUCAGUCAUUUUCCUGAGACAUACUCAUCCUUGGUGUCUCUUAACAUUUCUUGCUUAGGUUCGGAUGAAGUUAGUUUAUCAGCCUUGGAGCGCCUGGUGGAUCGAUGUACUAACCUCAGGAGUCUUCGCCUUAACCGUGCAGUGCCGCUUGAUAAAAUUGCCAGCAUAUUGGGUCGUGCUCCGCAGCUGGUUGAUUUCGGCACUGGUACAUAUGGUGCCGAACUACAGUUGGAUGUCUUCUCUAACUUGGCGGGUGCGUUUUCUAGUUGCAAGGAAUUAAGGAGCCUGUCUGGGUUUUGGGAUGUGGCCCCAGCUUACCUUCCGGCUAUUUACCCCGUCUGCUCCCGAUUAACGUCACUGAACUUGAGCUAUGCUACCAUACAGAGUCCUGAUCUUAUCAAGCUUUUAAGUCAUUGUCCAAGUUUGCAGCGCUUGUUGGUAUUGGAUUACAUUGAAGAUAGCGGGCUUGAAGCUGUCUCGUCUAGUUGCAAGGACCUACAGGAGUUACGGGUGUUUCCAUCUGACCCGUUUGGUGUAGAGCCGAAUGUAUCCUUGACAGAACAGGGCCUUGUUUCUGUUUGUUUGGCUUGUCCUAAGCUACAGUCAGUUUUGUACUUCUGCCGUCGAAUGUCUAACGAGGCAUUAAUAAUGAUUGCUCAGAACCGUCCAAAUUUGACCCGUUUUCGCCUUUGUAUAAUUGACCCAAGAACAACUGAUUAUCUGACCCUUGAGCCACUUGAUGUUGGUUUUGGAGCCAUCGUCGAGCACUGCAAGGAUCUCAGGCGUCUUUCCCUCUCCGGUUUCCUCACAGAUCGUGUGUUUGAAUACAUUGGGAGGUAUGCCAAAAAGCUAGAGAUGCUGUCUGUGGCUUUUGCAGGAGAGAGUGAUUUGGGACUUCAUCAUGUGCUUUCUGGGUGUGAAAGUCUCCGGAAACUAGAGAUUAGGGACUGCCCCUUUGGGGACAAGGCUCUAUUGACCAAUGCUGCAAAGCUGGAGACAAUGCGAUCCCUUUGGAUGUCUUCUUGCUCCGUGAGUUUCGGAGCAUGCAAACUGCUAGGUCAGAAGAUGCCCAGGUUGAAUGUUGAAGUUAUAGAUGAGAGUGGACCCCCAGGUUCAAGGCUGGAUAGCUGCUCAGUCGAUAAGCUCUACAUCUAUAGGUCUGUCGCCGGACUGAGGUUUGACAUACCUCCUUUCGUUUGGACAAUGGAUUAGGAUUCUACAUUGCGGGUUUCUUGACGUAUCUCCUGUGAGUUGGUAAUACUUCAUUUCAUCUCUAGAAUACGGAUAUAUAAGGUACAUUCUCUUUAUGCAACUUAAUAUAAUCACAAACCUGAUUGGAUUGGAGUGGCAACAUAAUAUGGAGGGCAAUACAAGGCCGGAGAGCUCAAAUACCAUUCGUUUUAUACCUGGCUGAGCUAUCAAAUACCACUUAAUGAUGAAUAAAGAGCUUGAGUUUGUAUUGUAUACUAUU